AUGCAAAAAGCUCACAUUCUUACCGGUGCUAUGGAGGCCAUAAGAUUUAAAAGAUGGAAAGAGUUGCUUAAGAGGUUUUCAGGCGACACGCACCUCAGCAUCGUUUUCGGUGACGAAAAAAUAUUUACUGUAGAACCAGUCGUAAAUCCACUAAAUGACCGUGUUUUGGCUUCCUCACUUUCUGAAGCAGUAGACAGAGGAAAGUUUGUCGGAAGAAGUGCACAUCCACGUUCAUUUUCGUCACGCUGGAGUCAAAAUAAACAAAGAUGUUUACUUGAAAACUUUACUGAAGGACACGCUGAAGCCAUGUGCUGCACAGCACUUCAAAAAGAAAUUGUGGCGCUUUCAACAGGAUUCAGCGCCAGCACAUACAGCAAAAGUUGUCCAGGACUGAUGCAAAAAAUUCUUCCGGACUUGAUUUCACAUACAUGUUGGCCUAGUAAUUCUUCCGAUUUGAAUCCGUUGGACUACUCCGUGUGGUCAGUGUUGGAGUCGAACGUCAGCUCUAAAAGACGGCGG